AUGCUAUAUGCCACAGAAGAGAUAAACAGAAAUCCCUUUCUGAUGCCAAAUGUAAGCCUAGGAUAUGAAGUCUAUGACACAUGUUACUCAGAUGCUGCAGCUAUUGAUAGUGUGAUGAGCUAUCUCUCAGGAAAGCAAACAGGUGUGCCAAAUUACAGCUGUAAUUCAGAACUUCCAAGGCUGGCUGCCGUGGUCGGAGAUUCACCAUCAUCUGGUUCCGUUGCUGUGGCAAGGAUACUUGGGCUUACUCUGUUCCCACAGAUCAGUUAUGCAUCAGCUCUUCCCUCUCUGGCUGACAAAACUCAGUUUCCAUCUUUUCUGAGAACUGUGGGUACUGUUGACUCCCAACCAGUGGCUGUGGUCCAGUUGAUCAUGCAUUUUAACUGGUCCUGGGUUGGUAUACUCGCCUCCAAUAAUGAUUAUGGGAAUCAAGGUAGUCUGAAGCUACAAUCAGAGAUGAAUAAUAAUGGCAUAUGUGUGGCUUUUGCCAAAACUCUCUCCACCCCACCGAGUAAAGAGAACUUGGAUGACAUUGUCAGUGUCAUACGUAAAUCAACAGCCAAUGUCAUUGUCCUGUAUGCCUAUGCUACGGAGCUCAUUGCUUUACUACAGUCAGUCACGGAGGAGAAAAUUGUUGGGAAAGUAUGGAUUGCAGUGGGAAGCUGGAUCCCUUCUGCUGUGUUUACCCAAAAUGAUUUAUGGGCAACCUUGAAUGGGACUGUAGGUCUUGCAAAAUACAGUUCCAAUAUCCCAGGUUUCGGAAAUUUUUUGUACAGCGUUCAUCCUUUAAACUACCCUAAAGAUAUAUUUAUAAAGGAAUUCUGGGCGUAUGUUUUUGCAUGUAAGUGGUUGAGCAAUAAUACAGUUUCAUCUUUAUAUGGAACUAAUGCCACCAUUUGCACGGGUAAUGAAGACCUAACUAAACUUGACAGCUCUGUGUAUGACACUAAAAACUUCAGAUUAGCAGUUUCCGUGUAUAAUGCUGUAUAUGCCGUGGCCCAAGCAAUACAUAACAUGAUUUUCUGUGAAUCAGGGAAUGGGCCAUUUUUCAAUGGGACAUGUACAGACGUUGAAAAUGUUCAACCUUGGCAGCUUUUCUAUUACAUCAAGAAUGUACACCUUGUGACUACAGGAGGGGAAAGGGUGGCUUUUGAUGAGAAGGGUGAACUGAAAGGGCUGUAUGAUGUCUUAAAUUGGCAAGUGUCACCUGAUCUAAAAGGAGAUAUGGUCAAAGUUGGAAUCUUUGAUGACUGGGGACCCAAGGGAGAGAAACUGGUCCUGAGUGAGAAUGCCAUAAAAUGGGGAUAUAAGUAUACACAGGUGCCGACCUCUGUUUGCUCUGAUAGUUGCUUGCCUGGAUUUAGGAAGGCACCUCGAGAAGGAGAACCUUUUUGUUGCUACGAUUGUAUUCCAUGUUCUGAUGGAGAAAUUUCUAACCAGACAGAUGUUACUGACUGUGUGAGAUGCUCUGAAGACCAGUGGUCUAACGACAAUCGAGUUAAAUGCAUCCCAAAAAUGAUUGAGUUUCUAUCAUAUGAUGAACCACUUGGUAUUGCUUUAUCCAGUAUUAGCAGUGUCAGUUCUUUGAUCACAGUAUCUGUGCUGUGUGUCUUUAUACGGUAUCGUGAUACACCUCUAGUAAAAGCUAAUAACAGAAUUCUGAGCUACUUGCUUCUAGUGGCUAUCCUGCUGUGUUUCCUCUGUUCAUUUUUAUUCAUUGGACGACCUUUAUCAAUAACUUGUCUUGUCCGUCAAGCUAUUUUUGGAACAAUUUUUUCACUUUGUGUGUCCUCAAUUCUUGCUAAAACGAUAACGGUGGUUAUAGCAUUCAGUGCCACCAAACCAAACAGCUCUCUCCGGAAAUGGGUGGGUUCUUCGAUUCCAAAUUCAAUGAUAUUUUUUGGUUCCAGCAUCCAAACCAUAAUCUGCACUUGUUGGGUAAUGCUAUACCCAUCUUCUCCUGAACUAAACAUGAAAGUAUCUAAAGGUAUAAUAACAGUAGAGUGCACAGAUAGUUCAGUAAUAUUUUUCUAUGUAGCCCUGGGCUUUUUGGGUUUUUUAGCCCUUUUGACACUUGUAGUUGCUUUUUUGGCAAGAGAUUUACCUGAUGGCUUCAAUGAGGCUAAGCUUAUUACCUUUAGCAUGUUGGUCUUCACAAGUGUUUGGAUCUCCUUCAUCCCAGCCUAUGUCAGCACAAAGGGAAAAUACAUGGUUGCAGUGGAAAUUUUUGCAAUACUUUCAUCCAGCCUUGGUCUUCUUUGUUGUAUUUUUGCUCCCAAGUGCCACAUCAUCAUUCUUAGACCCCAUAUGAAUACAAGAGAAUUCUUAGUAUCAAGAACUAAUAUUACUAGUAAAAAACAAUAA